AUGAGUAUACUAGCAAUAUCAACGAUGUCACCACCACAUAAACCAAGAACAACUUUCACAUUACCUUUAAAUAUAAUAUUACAAUUGAAUCAUCUUUUGAAAAAAUCUAUAUUUAGUAGAAAUUUCUAUCAAGAAAUUAACGACAAAGUAUUAUCAAAGUCUUCAACUGUUGAUCAGAACUUGUACUUUUUAUGUUAUUUUGCUUUAUUAGUUUCUUCAAUAUUAAAUAAUAAAUAUAACAUCUUAAACUUUUUGAAUAAACAGAAGUACAAUCUUUUACAAUUACUCAAGAAAUUUGCAAAAACUAUAAAUAUAAAUACAAGUGAUGUAAAAGCAUUCAAUGUCAACCCACCACAACCAAUCCCUGAAUCAGAACAAAAACCAUCAAAAUUAGCAUUCCACUUAAAAAAGAUAAAUUCAUAUUUAGCAGAUGUUAGAAUUUUCAAUAGAUUAACAGAUUCAAUAAAGUAUAUGCCUUGGUUAAUAGAUGAAUGGCAUGGAUUCAACAACCCCAAUGCAAAAUCACCAAGAUUAGAUAGAUUUAUAAACGUUAUCCAAGCUUUGAAUUGUAUAGUUUUAGAGCUUUUUGAAAAUGUUGGUUGGUUAACUGAUCAUGACUGGAUUGGAACUGGUGAUAAUGCAUAUUGGUGUAUUGAAACUUAUAUAUGGUGUUGUAGAGUUUGGGGUGCUUAUUUAUUGAUUGAGAUUAUCGAAAUUAUAAGAAGAGCUCCAAUUAGUGAAUGGAAAACUAAAAGUUGGCAAAUAAAUUUAUUCAAGAAUGUUAUUCAAUUACCAUUGGUUUUACAUUGGUGUUUAAGAGAUGGUUGUUUAACUCCAUUUUGGGUUGGUUUAUGUGGUUGUGGAGCUUCUUGGUGGAAUUUUAAAGAUAUGUGGCUGUCAAUAAAUUUAAAGUAA